AUGAGGCAGCUCGACAACUACAUCCAGCUAAAGAAGGUUCUCGUCGAUGGAAAGGGCACGGGCUUCCGGGCCCCCGACAAAGACAUCAAGCGUGCCAUCGCCACUAUCAAUGGCAUGCCCAAAAACAUGUCGGUGUCCGAGUACAUUUUGUUUGUCAAGGCGAUGUUUCGGGUUCGCGGUUGA